AAAAAAAAAUCUUGUCAACUUAAGAGCACGUAAGCUUCUGCCACACGUCUUUUAGCUAACGGUGCAGUUAGAUAUCGGUUAUCAUCUGGACACACCUGACGGACCAAAAUGGGGUGCUUCUUUUCGAAAAAAUCCAAAAGGAAGUCGUCCGAAAAAGAUGAUCGUACGCCGACAACGACGACUGUCGAAACUACGACGACAAGCAACGCGGUUCCCCUUGGCAACAACACCGACGAGGCUCCGAAGCAGUACAGCUGGGAUAAGAGAGAAAAGGUUGAUCCUAAAGACUACAUGCUGACGGGGCUCAAAGAUGUCACUGUAGGUCGUCUUCCUGGCAAACUGAACGGCCAACAGUUUGUCAUCCAGGAGUGUGAGAACUGCAACAUCUACGUGUUCGACCACUCAGCGACCAUCACCAUCGACGACUGUGUCAACUGCCGUAUUGUUCUGGGACCUGUGAAAGGCAGUGUGUUUUUCAGGGACUGUAAGGACAUUAAAUGCGUGGUGGCCUGUCAGCAGUUCCGCACACGGGACUGUAAAAAGAUGGAGGUGUUUCUGUGCUGUACCACUCAGCCCAUCAUCGAGUCAUCCACAGGGAUGAAGUUCGGCUGCUUUCAGUACUUCUACCCCGAGCUGGCCUACCACUUCAAGGACGCUGGGCUCAGCAUAUUCAACAAUAACUGGAGCAACAUCCACGACUUCACGCCGGUGUCUGGAGAGAACAACUGGAGCCUGCUGCCAGAGGGUUCAGCAGUUAAGGAUUCUGUCCCACCGCCAGACCCGGAGUCUGAAUUUAAGUCUGUUCGGGUCUCGUCCGAGGCCUCGCGCAGCAUUGUACCUCUGACGAAGGGAGGGAGACGGAAGGACAGCGAGGAGUCCUGCCUGUUCGUCUUCUUCUCUGGAGAGUACAGCAGGGCAAACGCACGCAAACUGAUCGAUGAGGCGACUGCUAAAGGUUUUGUGCUGAUUCAGACGAAGGAAGUGUCGAUGAAACCUGAAGAUGUGAAGAGAGUGUUUCAGAACAAUGCAGAGGACCUUGUUGAAUUGAUCACCAAAGGUCCGGUGAUCGCCAUGGAGCUGAACGGUGACGGAGUCGUUGAGGCCUGUAAGAGCAUCGCUAAAGACGUCUUCAGUGGAACUAAGGUUUUUGUCUCUGAUAACAAAAAUACGUCCUCUCGAGAUGUCGACAACUUCUUCAACUUUGCUGACAUGCAGAUGGGAUUGUGAAUCUGUUAGACUGAAUACGCUUUUUAAACCCCCAUGUGGUUCAGCUGGGACAAGUGUUUGGUGAUUUGCCUGUUUAUGUCGUCAAAACUUAGCCAGGAAUAAAAACAUAAAGGAUUAUGUUUGAUAAAUCCUCCAUAAAACAAUGCUUCAACCAUGAGUCUGCAGACUAGAAUUCACCUCCGAUCUUCCACAGAAAUUUGCUGUAAACCACUGAACAACCCAUAGUCGCUACGAGUGCUGUGAAUAUUUAUAUUUUUCAUGAAUGUAUUCAGUUAUUUCGGUUGCUUUUAUUGAUUGUGAAUGUAGCUCAAUGCUGUAAAUGUCAUUUUAAUUUAAAGCUUUGUUUUUUUUUGUUGUUGUUGUCUGAAACUGUCGUUUCAGUGGAAAAAAGCACAAGGAUGCCUGAGGGAAAAUAUUUUAUAUACAUUUAAAUCACAUUUUAUUGAUUUUUAAGGAUUUAUUUGUGUAUGUGGAUUAGAGAAAACACUGAAUUAAAAAAUGUGUAUAUUUGAGACAAGCUGUGUAGACAAUAACAUCUUUAAUACCUGUUAGGCCAAAGGUGAAUAAUUUAAGUUUUAUGCUGUCAUUCAGAUAAACUGAAAUAUUUGCUGUGUUUAUGAUGUAGGCGACUCAUGUGAACAUUUUUUAUUUUGUAACAUUUGUUUUAUACUCUACUGAAUGUUUUUGUAUAGACAUAAAUUCAUGUUUAAUAUCAUUUUUAGUAAAAAAUAUCAUUAUGUA